UUCUUUAAUAGUUCCACUCAAAAGGGAGAUGAUGAUUAUGAAGAUUACACUACAAAUAAGACCUGGGUUUUGACUCCCAAAGUCCAUGAGAGUGAUGUGACUCUUAUUUUAAAUGGCUUGCUGGAAGGAUAUGAUAACAAGUUGAGACCUGACAUAGGAGUUAAACCCACAAUAAUUCACACUGACAUGUACGUAAAUAGCAUUGGGCCUGUGAAUGCUAUCAAUAUGGAAUAUACAAUUGAUAUAUUUUUCGCCCAAACGUGGUAUGACAGACGUCUGAAGUUCAACAGCACUAUAAAAGUGCUCAGAUUAAACAGCAACAUGGUUGGGAAGAUCUGGAUACCAGAUACAUUUUUCCGAAAUUCCAAGAAAGCUGAUGCCCAUUGGAUAACAACUCCUAAUAGGAUGCUAAGGAUCUGGAAUGACGGCAGAGUCUUGUACACAUUGAGGCUGACAAUUGAUGCUGAGUGUCAGCUACAGUUACACAACUUCCCAAUGGAUGUCCACUCCUGCCCUCUGGAAUUUUCAAGCUAUGGCUACCCAAGAGAAGAGAUCAUUUACCAGUGGAAGCGCAGCUCUGUGGAGGUGGGGGACACCAGGUCCUGGAGGCUGUACCAGUUCGCCUUCACAGGCUUAAGAAAUACAACUGAAGUGGUGAAGACUACUUCAGGAGACUAUGUAGUCAUGUCUGUCUUCUUUAACCUGAGCAGGAGAAUGGGUUAUUUCACUAUUCAGACCUACAUUCCCUGCACACUUAUCGUUGUCUUGUCCUGGGUCUCUUUCUGGAUUAAUAAGGAUGCAGUUCCAGCCAGAACAUCACUGGGGAUUACAACUGUCCUGACAAUGACCACCCUAAGUACAAUCGCUCGUAAAUCUCUUCCCAAGGUCUCCUAUGUGACAGCAAUGGAUCUUUUUGUGUCAGUCUGCUUUAUUUUUGUUUUCUCUGCACUGGUGGAAUAUGGAACUUUGCAUUACUUUGUCAGCAACAGAAAGCCAAGCAAGGAUAAAGACAAAAAGAAGAAAAACCCACUUCUUCGGAUGUUUUCCUUCAAGGCACCGACUAUUGACAUCCGGCCUCGAUCAGCUACUAUUCAAAUGAACAAUGCCACACACCUCCAAGAAAGGGAUGAAGAAUAUGGGUAUGAGUGUCUUGAUGGCAAGGACUGUGCCAGUUUUUUUUGCUGCUUUGAGGAUUGUCGGACGGGAGCGUGGCGGCAUGGAAGAAUACACAUCCGCAUUGCCAAAAUGGACUCCUAUGCCCGCAUCUUCUUCCCAACUGCCUUCUGUUUGUUUAACCUGGUCUAUUGGGUAUCAUAUCUUUACCUUUAAAAGCAGAAGGAAAUCAGUGAUAUCAGCCUUACUCACUGAAUUUCUUAGAGAGAUGGUUUCCUAAAUCCACUUGAAAUAUUUAUGAUGCGCUUUAAUAGUGGUCUGAAUUCUUUAGUGCCAUAACCCCGUAAAUAUCAGUCAUAUCAUUUGUCCAAAAAUUGCCAUCAGGUUAUUGUGAAUUAUAUGUCCAUUCCAUAUGCCAAAAAUAAUUUGAAAAUAAAAUCAUAUAAACAGGUAAUAUACAGCUAUACCUGCUGGAACUGAGGGAAACAGAGCAGACAGGGCAUGGGGAGUACAGCAGCAUCACAGAAUGGUUAGUACUGCAGUUCCAAACAGGAGGGAGAGCAAGAAGAAUUCCCAGGUAAAGUGCUGUACAGUUU